CAAUUUGGUCAAAUUGGUACAUAGGAAGCUGCUGCCAUUUCCUUCCCCCCACCACACACACAGAGCAAUGGCCGCUUUCUUCUGCGGAAAAUUGCGCCCAUCAAACGGAAUUAUUGGCAGCUCACGGCGGCGCAUUAUCCAACUCCAAAGAGCUCCUUUUGCACCGCCCUUCGAAAGAUUCUUCUCGUCAGAGAGACUCCCGUCGAAAGACGAAGAGCAAGAGCUUGCCAUCGCUGCCUCCUCAUCCAAGAAAGUAGCCGGGAACGCGGAGCUUGUCAAGACCAUCCUGAGGGACUACGGAUUCACCAACGCCCAGAUCUCCAAAAUCGUCGCCGUGCGCCCCUCUAUUCUAUCUUGCAAUCCAGACAAAAUCCUCCUUCCCAAACUCGAGUUCUUCCGCUCCAUAGGCCUGUCGAGCACGGACCUCCCGAGAAUCGUCUGUGCAAACAAGAGCCUGUUGUCCCGCAGCCUGGAAAAGAAGCUUAUCCCUUGCCAUAAUUUCCUCAAGAGCGUGCUUCUUCUCGACGGAAAUGUCGCCAAGAUGCUGAAGCGUGGCCCCGGCAUUCUUCUGUACGACGUUCACAAGACGAUUGCCCCAAAUAUAGCAGCACUGAGAGAAGCGGGCGCGCCCCAAUCCAUCAUCCUCUUCAUGUUGACUCGUUUCCCCCGCGCGAUACAUCAGGAUACACAGAAGUUCAAAGAAAGCCUGAACAAAGCCAUGCAAAUGGGAUUCCACCCGUCGAAAUCGAUAUUCGCGAAUGCCGUCCAAGUGCUCUGUGAAAUGCGCGAUUCAACUUGGGAUCAUAAAAUGGAGGUUUACGGGCGCUGCGGCUUGUCCAGAUAUGAAGUUCUGCUGGCGUUCAGGUCACACCCACUCUGUAUGUACUUAUCUGAGGAGAAAAUUACGCGAGCAAUGGACUUUCUUGUUAAGAAGAUGGGUUGGAAGCCAGCCGCCAUUGCCCGGUGCCCUGCUGUCAUCUUCUUGAAAUUGGAGAAGAGGAUCGUGCCACGAUGCGCAGUUAUUAAAGCUCUACUGGAACGUGGCUUGGUGAAGAAAGAUAUAUGCUUGAGUACGUUUUUACUGCCCAGUGAGAAAUCUUUCUUGGAUUUGUAUGUAAAGAGAUAUGAAGAUGAUGUUCCAGAUCUGAUGGGUGUUUAUAUGGGAAAGGGAACUUCUCAUGCCAGGAUCUGAGUAAAGGAGAUGAAAUCAGCCGAAUUAAUGGCUUUUGCAUUGAAAUCGUUUGAAAUACGACCUUUUUAAUAUCAUCUGCCGUAACCGGAGGUUGGGAAGGUGAAGGAGAGCGUUGAGAUUGAGCUGGAGGCGCCAUUGUUGUCUUUUAGGGCGAGAACCGGUGAUUAAUUUGUGAGGGUAAAUUAAACAUGCACUCUUCCAUCUUUAAAAAAAUGUAAU